AUGGCCUUCAAAACGCCAAUUGGUACAACCCCAUAUAGACUUGUCUACGGGAAAGCAUGCCACCUGCCCGUUGAGCUAGAACAUCGAGCAUUUUGGGCCAUUAAAAGCUUGAAUUUCGAUGCUAAGGUAGCGGGAGAAAAGAGGUUGUUACAACUGAAUGAACUUGAUGAGCUCCGUCUCGAAGCUUAUGAAAGUUCAAAACAAUACAAGGAGAAAACAAAGAGGUGGAAUGACAAGAACCUUGUGAGGAGAGAGUUUAAAGAAGGAGAUCAAGUCCUUCUAUUCAAUUCUAGAUUGAGAUUGUUUCCAGGUAAGCUUCGAUCUAGAUGGUCAGGUCCAUUCAAGAUCAAGAAGGUGUCUCCCUACGGCACUAUUGAGCUAGAAAACGCAAAAGGGGAAACCUUUAAGGUUAAUGGGCAAAGAGUGAAGCAUUAUCGAGUUGGUUACCCUAUCCAUGAAGGGUUGGACAUCACACUCUCUUCCCAAUCACCAAGCCAAUGA